CUGUUUCCUGCCUGCCCUCCUGCCGUUUCAGUUUCACUCUUUGCUGUGAGACACAGAGGGAGCGGAGCCCGAUCGGAGCAGCAAACGGUGCCAUGAUGUCCAAGAGGAAGCCAACUGUGGAUGAGGAACCCAAGGGGGAGACAACUCCAGAUGAGGAAUCUGAGGAGGAAAACAAGAGUACAGAUGGGGAAUCCAAGAAGACUAGUCCAGGAAGAAAACCUGAGGAUAACAUUAAUCCUGGUGGCAAUAGUCCAGGUGGCAAUCCUGGCGAUAACAAUAAUCCUGGUGGCAAUAAUCCAGGUGGAAAAGUAUGGAAAACAAUUGCCAAAAGAGCUGCAAUUGGAGCUGCAAUUGGAGCAGGAGUGGCACUGGUUGGCAUCCCAGCGUGCAUUUCUGCACUGGGGUUCAAGGCAGGCGGCAUCGCCGCUGGAUCCAUCGCUGCCAAGAUGAUGUCGGCAGCUGCCAUCGCCAACGGAGGGGGAGUGGCAGCCGGCAGCACCGUGGCUGUGCUGCAGUCCAUCGGAGCUGCAGGUUUCUCUCUUGGUGCCAAACUUGGGCUGACAAGUGCCUUGGGGUCACUCGGGGCAGCAGCCGGUGCUUCGCUGCCCUUGAGGAAGAAGACUCUGAGUGACAAACCCAAGAAAAGUUAACUCCAGGUGACAAACCCAAGGAGGGAGCAGCUCCAGAUGCAGAACCCAAGAGAGGUGCUGAUCCUGAGGAGUUGCCAGGGACUGUGGCAGGUGCUGGGAAGCCCCCCCCGACCCCACCCUCUCAAAAGCUUUGGAUUCCCCUGUGCAAUGAGUGCCCUGAAGCCAAUAAAGGUGCGUUGCCUGCAGCA